UAUUUUCCUGUCAAUGAAGUUUAGUGUUACAAAAUGGCUGUUGCAAUGCCAGCAUUUCUUUGAACAGAAGGUGAAAGCUUAUCGUACCUCAAGACCAUAGAAAGCAUGCAAUGGCAUUGAUAUCAACAUCUACCAAGAACCUGAUGAAUGAGUACCACCGCCUGGCUGCAGACACUUUACUGGGACAGAGACACAGUCAUCUGAGUGAAGCACUGCUGUCUGCUGCAGAGGAUGGACAGUAUGAUCGGCUCCAGACCCUACUGAGUGACCCCCAUGCAUCGCUGGAUGCUCGCUGCCCCCUCACAGGGGACACUCCACUCAUAGCGGCAGCACGUAAUGGCCAUGAGAGAGUGGUCCAGCUACUGGUGGAGAUGGGGGCAGACCUCACUCUCAGCAAUGACCUGGAGGAGAGUGCCCUGGAGGUGGCCUCUGCCAAGCUCAGGAAAAUCAUGCUCAGCUCUAUUGACCAUGAUGGUCGUACAAUGUCCAAUGCUCAAGCUCUACUCCAGAAUGCAUGGCUAGGAGAUGCAGUCUCUGUCAAGAAACACCUGUCAUCAGGGAACCAUUACCUGGAUGUCAACUGCAGCAACAACGAUGGAAUGACUCCGCUAUUACUAGUCACACGAGACAUAAACCUGUUUGACAGCAUUCAAGCUGCCAUGGAAACAAACUACAACCCAGUCAAUGUUGUGCAAGACCUCAUCGACAAUCAUGCUGAUAUCAGCCACUGUGAUCCCAAGGGUAGAAGUGUCCUCCAUUUUGUGGCCACCUCCGAAGGUGUUCAUGCCAGGAAGAUGGUCUCUCUCCUCAUGAGGACUGGGUCAAAAGUUGACUCUCUGGACCAUCAGUUGAACUCACCUCUUCAUAUUGCCUCAGGGAAGGGUCAUACAUCCAUCAUCAUAGCGCUGGUGGAGGAGGGUGGGGCUGACGUGAACAGUAAGGGAGGAGAGAGGAACGACACACCUCUCAUGCUCACUGCACGUGCUGGACACAGCGAGGCUGCUCGCUAUCUACUAGCCAAGGGGGCGGAUGUAACGGCUGUGGAUGACAAUGGUGACUCGGCCCUCACCGUGGCAACCACUCAUAGCAUGGUCUCACUACUCAAAGAGGCGUGGAUUGAGCAGACUACUACGAGUAAGAGUGAAGGGAACAUGCUCUCUAGUGACGAUGCUGAGUCAGCACAAUCCCCUCCCAUCACUGCUCCUGAGUCACCACAGUCGCUUAGCAACCGCUCGUUCUUCCUCACUGACCAAAGACUGAGUCAAUCGUUCACUGAACCAUUGACAGUCACCACCCACGUCAUGAGUGGACACGAGGAGCAGUCUCCUGAUCAUGGUUCUUGUUUGACCCCGCGACCUUUGAGGGUGAGUGGGACAAGCACUGAAGGUGACGAUGAGCUGGAUGGUAGUGAUGACAUCACCACCAGUCCACCAAUCAAACAAAGCCCUCAACGCCACACCAAACGUCACUCUGUGGACACUCCUAAAGCUUCAGUUGAGCCGCUAGAAGCAGAUCUGAAAUCUCGAUCACUGCCUCGCAAUCUGUUCACUGCUCUUAGUCGAGUUUCCGAGGUGAAAGGUCAAGAGACGUCUACUAGACGAGGAAGUAAAGGGAGAAUAAAGGACGAAAAGAAGUUGAAACAAAGUGGUAAAAAGGGAGACAAAAAACGACCAUUAAAACUACCGCUAUCCCACGAUCAACAAGACAAGAGUUCACUGUUUCUACCGAAUGUGCUAUCUAAGCAGAUCAGCUCUCCACACAGUCCACGACCCUCACACACGUCACACCCACCCCCCUCCGAUAAUAAGCUACCACUGUUAAACAAUAUGCAAGCUGUAGCAAUGGUUGCCGUGGAUACUGAACAGGAACGAUUUAGAGUACAGAACUUUGGAGAAGGUUCUCCCAACAAGACAAGGAAACGUGCUGUCCAACCCAAGGCCAUCGGGAGGUCAAAGUCCAUGCAACCUGUUAAGUUGUCGGAGUUUUCUCUAGGUGUGGGUGGUGUGGGCGGUGGUGUGGGUGGUGGUGUGGGUGGUGGUGGUGGGCAUAGGAGGGGCAGUCACGAGGGAUCAUUCCAUCUAUUCAGGAAGUCUGACCCCACACCACCCUCCAAGGCAACCUUCCUGCCUAAUGUGAUCACUCCUCAGUUACACGGACUGUUCACUGGAUCAUGUGAGGGGACUAGGGGAAUUCCCCAGUACGGCCAGUACCGACAAAAGGGGCGUGGCAGACUCGUACCAUUGACCAAUAAAAAGUCCUCACCCGUACAACAGCCGUCAAGUCCCCUCUCCAUGGUAACCGAGAGAACUGCCGAGUCAGCAGAACCAACAAACAGCACAACUGAACUACACAACAGUCAAGACGACUCCAAUAACAGCACUUUAAAGGCUUCCGUGUCGGGUUCAGAGUUCGAUGUGGACAGUCUAGAAAAGAGUCGCAAUAUUCCAGCUGAACCGCCAGUUGCCCCCAUCCCAACCCCCACUAUACUCUCGCCAUUAGAGGCACAGGUGCUUAACUUGUUCCCGCCCACUCCUGGUACCGCCCACCACCAAUCAAACCUCGUUAUCAACUACGCUCGUCAGGAGGGGAACGUCCCUCUCUCCCCUAUAUGGAAUAGAGUACCAAGCACUGACGUCGAUAGCAGUAGCAAUAGUGAGUUCAUCACCUCGUACAUUGGUCAGAGCACCACCCCCUCACCACGCGAGCACGAAGUGUAUGGUGUAAAGCGUGUGGGGGCGGAUAGUGGGCAGGGAGAGUCGUCGUCGGGGGAGGAGGGGAGGAGUGAGGGAAGUGAUGACACUGAUAGCUCAGAGGAGGAGCGUGAGAGUCUACGCUGGAAGAGGGGGCGGUUGCUAGGGAAGGGGGCGUACGGGAAAGUGUGGGAGGGGCUACUAGACUCUGGUACACUCAUAGCUGUCAAAGAAGUGGAGCUCGACUUUGUCAACCUUGAGAAAGCUCAGUCACAAUAUGAGAAGAUACAACUGGAGGUAGAGAUCCUUCGUAGCCUGAGGCACAAGCACAUAGUCAAGUACCUCGGCACUAGUCUUCAAGAAGGUCUGGUGUUUAUCUUCAUGGACUAUAUAUCCGGGGGAUCACUGCAAAGUGUACUGAAGCGGUUUGGACCACUUCACUAUCGCAACGUGUCUCUGUAUACGAAGCAGAUCACUCGUGCUCUUGUGUACUUGCACUCGAAUGGUAUUAUCCAUCGUGACAUCAAGGGAGCUAACGUCAUGGUUACGUCUAGAGGUGUUGUCAAACUGAUUGACUUUGGUUGUGCCAAGCGUUACUGUACGGAGGGUGGGACUACUGGGUUGCACUCAGUGAGGGGAACCCCCUACUGGAUGAGUCCAGAGGUCAUCUGUGGCCAUGGUUACGGGCGGAAGUCAGACAUAUGGAGCCUCGGGUGUACUGUACAUGAGAUGGCAGUGUCUAAACCACCAUGGGCUGAUUUCCCACCAGAGUCUGCUCUAUUCCAGAUAGGACUAGGCAAGUCACUGCCACAGCUACCCGAUCACUUAUCCCCUGUACUGGUCGACUUUAUACAUCGCUGUCUCACAAGGGAGCAGACGGAUCGACCUAGUGCACUACAACUACUGGAGGACCCAUUUCUAGCCUCCACACGGAAACGCAGUAGCACCAAUAGCAAUAGAUAAUCACUUACUAAUAUUUUUUAUUUUUAUAUGUGUGUAUAUUUUGUGUGUUUUGUGUGCAUUUGCAAAUCAACCCUAUUUUGCCUGUACGUGCAUUAUAAUUAUAAAGAUUUUCUUUCCACAACAAAUAAA